AUUUGGCUUUCAUUUCAAUCAGUUAACUUGGUUAAUAUAAUAUUUUUUAUGAUGUACAUGUUUAACAGAUAUUUUAUCGGAGUUGGGGCUUUCGGAUAGUUCUGGAUUCGUAAACUUCUGUAUUGCACGUCAAUUUAAAGAUUUAAAUGAAUAUAGGAACAGUUUGGGAAGCAAAGGAAUUGCAUUUGUAGGUUUUGUGUAUGGAUCACGUGAAAUGACCGAAAAAGAAGUUUUAUUAGCUAGAUUCUACAAGGAUAACUUUAAGAUGAAAUCUAAAAACAACCUUUAUAGCCCAAUUGAUUAUUGUCGUAAACGCAAUUUUGGCAAACGUGGAAUUUCGGGCUGGAUAUCGCGCUUGAUCAAUUCCCCUGAAAAAGAAAUAACAAAAGAAUGUGAUGACAUAGUAACCGAUAUAAUAGUACCAAAUGAGAAUGGUGUUGCAAAGAUCCUACAUAACUAUUCGAUAAACCAAACAUAUAGAAAAGAAAAUAAGUACGAAAAUGUCAUUAUAUCAUUUCAUUUAACUUUUCUCACUUUUACUGAGAGUUCCAGGAAAAUAGUUGAUGAACAAUUUAUGUUAUGGCCAGAAUCGAAACAAGGCUACUUGCUAACGCUGUUUGAAGAGUUAAAAUUCCAGAAGAAAUCUGAGGAAUACUGGACUGCAACAAAGUGGUGUAUGAAAUAUUACAAUCUAGAACCGAUUCAAGAUAGCACAUCUGUAAACAAUCCACCUCUUACAGAAGAAAUAAAAAACUAGUCAGUUUUAUAGAAAUGAUAUUUUAUUUAAUAUGACCUUUCACAAUAUUUUAAAAAUGUAUAAUAUUUACAAAAACCAAGGAACGUAUGCUAUAUACUAAUAUUAUAUUAAUCGUGUGAAUCAGUCCAUUUAAAUUAUUAUUUUAUUUAAUUUAAAUAUAUGAUGUUUAGAAUAGGUACAUAUAAAGUAUAAAAAUGUAUUAACAUUAAUGUAUAGGAUAAUAUAUUUUAUGAAUUUACAACAAAUAUACUGGUGUA